AUGGCUGCCCCGAAGCCACAACCACCACUGGUACCGCAACUCAGCUUGAGUUCCGGAGGAGGGAUUAUGGCCGACCUACCAGAGCACCAGAAGGACGUGGUCAUCGUCGAGCUGAAAAACCACCUGGCCCGGCUCAAGACGCUCAAGUCGAACCGCAUGGGAGGGCCAUCUGGAAUCGUGAUCCCCCCCUACCGGGUACUGUGCGAGACCGAGAGGGAUGACUGGAGCCAACUCCGCCCAUCUGACCAUGCCGAGUAUGUGUUUUGCCACAACGACUGCUCGCAGCACAACAUCAUCGUCAACCCGACUACCCUCAAGAUCGCAGCCAUCGUGGACUGGGAAUACGCCGGCUUCUACCCGGAAUAUUUCGAGUUCCCUUUCUACUUGCGAAAGGGACCGUCGGUGGCACUCGGUGAAGAGGAGGAUGAUACGUACGCCAUGCUGCAUUUCCUCAACUCGCAGUUGUCGUGGGAGGUAUGGACGCCAGCGACAACCCCGUGCGCGCUUUCGAUUGUCACUGACGUGUUGCAUUCUCCAGGGCCAGGGGCAACGCACUCCAAUGAGUCCAAUCUCAGCACCGUAUCAGUGAUAAAUCUCCACCGAGUCCAUCCGAUCCCCCCACGUGCCGCCGGCCAAACGUCGCAAUCACGUAACUGGGCAUUCAAGGAUUCUGGGGAGGGAUUUCACGCUGGGCCAGGUUUCUAUCAUCUCUCCCAGAAGUUUUUGAUAAUGAAAACAGCGUUGACCCACCUGCCCGUGGCAGCAUAA